UCGCUUAAAUAUUAUCGGGUAAAAUUCGUUUAGUUAUCCGCGGUUUCUUGCAUACAUAACUUAGGAAGACUCAUUCAAUCAAUUUAAAAAAAAUUGUUUCAAAUUCAUUGAACUGAGCAAAAACGUUACAAUUGCUACAAUAAAUGUAGACACCUUAUCAGUCUUGUUUCCCAUUGAUAAUAAUUUGCAAUAAAACCAACAUCUAAAUUUUACAAUUCUGUUUUUAUACACAGUCGCGAACCACAUGCGUGUAUACAUAAAAUAACAAAAAAAAACAGAUUUUAGAAUACAACCAACACGAAGCAAAAGUGUCUACAAUAAGUAGAUUCAGUAGAGUAAUCAGACAGAAUACGUGUUGUGUGUUUCAUUUUUUUUUUAAUUUUGGGUAAAUUAUGAGUGUCAACGAAGAGAAUGUUUGGUAUGGUGGCCCUGAGCCUACAAACCUAACGGAAGGAACUGGUUCAUUGGGAGCACUAUGCUUAAAACGCUUGAAAGAGCAAGGAGAUGCUAUUAAAUUGAUUGACGGUUUAACGUCCGAAGAAGUGAGUGCGAAACAAUUAUACGAACGAAGUGUACACUUGGCUAAUUGUUUAACUCACUUCGGCAUUAAAUCCGGCAAUAAAGUGGGAAUGUGCAGCGAAAAUCGAACAGAAUUUGCGUACGUUCUGUUUGGUACUUUAUGUGUAGGCGCAACGUUUGCUCCGCUGAAUACGACAUAUGGCGAACGCGAAAUACAUCAUGCCCUUAGUCUAUCCAAACCGAAAAUAGUGUUCGCAUCACCGACGACGAUCGACAAAAUCUUAAGAGUGACCGUUAAACAUUCGUCCGUUGAAGUAGUCGUUGUCUUUGGAGAAAAAAACGGAAUAAACGACACCACUGUCAUUGACUUCAAAACGUUUUGUAAUAAGGCAAAUGCGGCGAGAAAUUUUGAAUGUCAACCAGAGGAUGUGUUUGAAAAUGUAUCGCUUAUUCUUCUAUCGUCAGGCACCACAGGACAACCGAAAGGUGUAAUGAUUACUCAAUACAAUAUCAUGAUUGGAUUACAUCAACACUAUCAACAAACGCGUUUGCUAGAAGAUGAACAAGUUUCUCACCAUAUCAACAUGGGUGUAAUACCAUGGUUUCAUGCCUUCGGAUGCCACUCACUUAUCGGCCUAAUGAUAAAUAAAGCGACGUAUGUUUUUCUACCCAAAUUCGAGGAAGUGUCAUUUCUACGAUGCAUCGAGACAUACAAAACCAAUACAAUUUUCAUGGUGCCUCCAUUGAUGGUGUUCCUGGCCAAAAGUCCAAUUGUAUCCGAAUAUGAUACAUCGUCAAUUAAGGUCAUCUGGUGCGGUGCAGCCCCACUUAGUAAAGAAGUUGAAGAUGCAGUGAAAUGUCGCAUUGGAGUGCCAAUUGUGAGACAAGGAUACGGCAUGACGGAAGGCUCAUUAGCUUUUACCGGUCAAACAGACCUCAAUCAUAAAUCAGGAAGUGUCGGCACCUUGAGGACUGGGGUUUGGGGUCGAGUGAUUGAUGUUGAUACCGGGAACAAUUUGAAAGCAUUCGAAAAGGGCGAAUUGUUGUUUAAAGGAAGUUGUUUGAUGAAGGGCUAUAUUGGCGAUGUGGAAGCAACUAAAAACACUAUCGAUGAGGAUGGGUGGAUUCACACCGGUGAUAUCGGCUAUUACGACAAUGAUGGGGAAUUGUUUGUGGUCGAUCGUUUAAAGGAGUUGAUAAAGUACAACGGAUUUCAAGUGCCACCCGCAGAAAUUGAAGCGUUAUUACUACAACAUCCCCAUGUUCGUGAUGCUGGUGUCAUUGGCAUAUUAGACGACAAAGUUGGUGAGCUUCCUUUCGCUUUCAUUGUCAAGCAACAACCAUCAGAUGUUACGGAAAAGGAUAUUAUAAAAUUCGUUGCAGAACGAUCAUCGCCAGCUAAGAGACUUCAUGGUGGCGUCAAAUUCGUCAAAGAAAUCCCAAAGAAUCCCAGUGGAAAGAUUUUACGCAGAGAACUUAGAAAUCUGUAUACCAAUAUGACAUCGAAGUUGUGAGCAAGAUGCUUGCACUGCCGUUAAGUCGCAAUAUUUUUCGAAUAAAGGAAAUUCAUUUCAUUGUAAAAUGCAUUUCUGAAUUA